AUGAUCAAAAUCGAGCGAGGGCUUGAUGAUUCGCUAUCUAACCUCGAACAAUUUGUUAGCGGCUUCGACAAAAACCGAGAUCAAUCGAAAAUCAGUUCGCGUCUGGAUCGGUUGGAAGGUUUAUUUAGCGAGUUUCGAACCAAUCGAGCUAAAAUAGAAUCGCGACAAGAGCAAGACUUGGAUUUAAAGAGUGAUGCAUCCGAUCCAAAAGAGAAGCAAGUGAAACUGGACGUCGAUGCUGCGAAUAAAUCCAACCGUUUGAGUUUUGAGAAUAGGUAUUUCGACUUAAAAGACUUUCUGCUGUCUCACCUAGCCAAACCGACUGCUAUAGCUGCUCCCUCUCCCGUAUCCUUGCCCUGCCAACCGUUAGCAUCUCGAAUCCACCUCCCAGUUUUCAAAAUCCCUUCUUUUGAUGGCAGUGUAAAGGAUUGGCUUAGUUUUCGUGAUGCUUUCCAGAGCAUGAUCGAUAAGGAACCGUCGCUAACCGCUUUCGACAAGUUUAAUUAUCUGUUAACCGUGCUUACUAAGGAUGCCAGGACGUUAGUAGAAUCGAUAGAGGUAACCGCCGCGAAUUACGAAGUGGCUUGGUCGAUGCUGCAGGAGCGGUUUGAAAACAAAAAGAUAAUCGCCCGCACAUUGAUUGACGGUUUUCUGGAAGCGGAACCGAUGAGAAAAGAGUCUUUCGACGCCUUAGUUCACCUCAUCGACUCUUUUGAACGCAAUUUACUUCAGUUGAAAAAGCUUGGUUUGCAUCCUGAAGAAUGGUCUCAUCUUCUCGCUCAUUUGUUAUACAGACGACUUGACUCAGACACUCAGCGACAUUGGGAACGCACACACAAGAGCCGUGAGGUGCCGAGGUAUGAAGAGUUGUUAAAAUUUUUACGUGAACAUCUCGCUACCCUUCAACCACUUUCCGAAUCGAAACAGCGCAAUCGCGAUCAUCGUCAUGAAACGGUGAAACCUCCGUCGAGACCGAGAAUUGAAUCAACUCUUACAACAACUGCAGUAACAAAUAAGCCGUGCCCUUUCUGCCAAAAACCGUCCCAUUCUCCCUUUAAAUGCGAUUCCUUUCAAAAAUUGAAUCCCAACCAAAGGCUUGAAACAGUUAAGCGAAUGGGUCUUUGCAUAAAUUGCCUCUCCUCUUCCCACAUGGUACGGGCGUGUUCUAGCUCAGCAUGUCGCGUGUGUGGUAACAAGCAUCAUACCAUGCUACACAUUCGACCGUCGAAUAAUUCUCAAGCUCAAAGGCAUGAGUCAAACCAGACGCAGACAACCGUUACACCCCCGAAUCGUGCCACUGACGCUACAAACUGUAUCGAGUCUCCACCACAAUCGCAAACUUUCGCUACGUCGCAAAUGUUGUUGAAGCCUAUGCAACCCAAAUUAUCCCCAAGCCGCAGCGCUGUAUUUCUUUCGACGGCAGUUGUUAAAUUGGCAGACUACAAGGGAAACACUCUUUUGGCUCGAAUUCUUUUAGAUUGCUGUUCAGAACGAAAUUUGAUAAGUGAACAACUCGCUCAAAAAUUGAUGCUUCGUAGACAGGACGAUCCACUUUCGUUUCAAGGUGUUAGUUCAACUCCUGCCAAAUCCAAACAGUCUGCAAUGGUUAAGGUGUUAUCUCGCUGCUCUGAUUACUGUACUGAUUUACGAUUCCACAUCCUUCCUGAAUUUAAACCAAUCAUCCCAUCGAACCGUGUUCCAGUCUCGACCUGGGAAAUACCAUCAUCUCUGUGCUUAGCCGAUCCGCACUUUUAUGAGCCACAUCGAAUUGAUGCAAUCAUUGGAGCUGAGGUGUAUUACCAUUUAUUGCUAGGCGGUUUUGUGACACUAGGAGUGAGUAUGCCGAUUCUGAAAGAGACCGUUUUUGGCUGGAUUGUGUCGGGAAAAUGUGACACCACUCCGGAUCAGCAAACCGCGUUGACAAUGGUUUGCAGCAACGCCGAACUCGAACACCAACUUACUGGCUUUUGGGAGCUCGAAUCGUGCUAUUCUGAAAAUGCUCUUUCGAUAGAGGAACGUUCAUGUGAAGCGCAUUUCUCUAACACAACCUUUCGUGAUUCCUCUGGACGUUUUGUUGUUUCACACCCGAAAAAGGAAACAAUUCUCGCUCAGCUCGGUGACUCGUAUGCAAUAGCACUUCGCCGAUACUUGUCUUUGGAACGUCGUUUGCAAGCAAAACCAUUGCUGAAAGAGGCAUAUGCAUCAUUUAUCAGGGAGUAUGAACUGCUUGGACAUAUGUCGCCUGUAGAUCCAACCAAGGAUAGUCUUCUCCAAACCAAUCCAUACUACAUGCCCCACCACUGUAUUGAAAGGCCAGACAGUGCAACCACGAAACUUCGAGUGGUUUUCGACGCAACUUGCGCUACUGACACAGGAUUAUCACUAAAUGAUGCUCUAAUGGUUGGUCACAACGAACAAGACAAUCUAUACAGCAUCAUUCUUCGCUUUCGUCGCCAUCGGUAUGCCGUCGUAGCCGAUUUAGAAAAAAUGUACCGGCAGGUGUUAGUACAUCCUUCAGACCGUCACCUGCAACGUAUCCUCUGGCGUGAUUCUCCUACCGACCCAAUUCAGUGUUACGAACUUUUAACCGUUACAUACGGCACCGCGUCAGCGCCAUUUCUGGCAACGCGUUGUCUGCAACAGUUAGCAACAGAAGGGAAAUCGACCCACUCAAGGGCUGCUAAAGCUUUGUUGAAGAAUUUCUAUAUAGACGAUCUACUUGGCGGUACCGAUACAGAGGAAGAAGGAACGGAGCUUUGCAGUCAACUUAUUUCACUUCUGCAAUCGGCAGGAUUCAACUUGCACAAAUGGGCUUCCAAUAACCCAAACAUAAUUAAAAAUAUUCCUGCUGAGCUCCGAGAAAACCGCGACGUAUUAGAAAUUGAUUCUUCGUCAUCUCCAGUAAAAACCCAUGGUCUUUUGUGGCAACCGUUCGAAGAUGUCUUUCGUUUUAAGGUACCGGAGUGGCCGGAAAGGAGCGCAAUCACAAAGCGCUCAGUACUGUCGGAUGCUGCCAGAUUGUUCGACCCGUUAGGGUUGUUGGGCCCAACUGUGUUGAUAUCGAAACUUUUUAUGCAACGAUUAUGGGCUUUGAAACUUGCGUGGGAUGUUCCAUUGGAUGAACCCUUACAAAGGUCCUGGAAAGAGUUCUGCGAGGACCUAGAGAUUCUACGUACCUUUUCCGUACCACGAUGGGCAGCUCCUUGUAUCAGUGAAACAAACUUAGAACUACAUGGGUUCUGUGACGCAUCGGAACGCGCAUACGGUGCGUGUCUCUUCUUACGUACAGUAACUGCCACCGGAACGAUUACCGUUCACCUCCUGACCGCUAAAUCAAAGGUAGCUCCCUUAAACUCUGGGAAGAAACGACAAAUCUCCUUACCAAAACUGGAAUUAGCAGCAGCUCUUUUAUUAAGCCACUUAUACGAAAGGGUACAAGAAGCAUUACAAGUGUCCGGUCGAUCGUAUUUUUGGACAGAUUCAAUGAUUGUCGUCCAUUGGCUGGCGGCAACACCAAGUCGAUGGAAGAAAUUUGUAGCAAACCAGGUUGCAGAAAUCCAGCAUAUCACGGCAGCUGGCACAUGGGGACACGUAGCGGGAACCGAAAACCCAGGGACGGCGAUUUCACGCGGAAUGCCAGCCUCUCAACUCGUCGAAUACAAUCCCUGGUGGCAUGGGCCUGCUUGGUUAAGCCAAUCCUGCAGGUUUUGGCCUACUCUACUCAGAACUCCCGACGAUCUCUUCGAAGCAGACCACUUGGAGGAAAAGGUCGUUACUUCGUUACCUGUUGUUGACACCAGUAGUAUUUUCGGUAUUAAAUCGUCCUUUACUGAACUCAUACGCAUGGUUGCCUACAUACGAAGAUUCUCUUACAAUUCGAAAAAAGGGAACAGAAACCUAAGAAUAACUGGACCCUUAUCCACAAGCGAACUUGAAGCAUCUUUACGGAACCUUGUUCAAUUAUCACAGCAGGAAUCUUUUCCGGAUGAAAUACGGUCAAUUCAAACAAAUGGCCAAGUUAAAUCUACGUCCAAGAUAAAGGCAUUAUCACCAAUCCUUGUGAAUGAUAUUCUACGUGUGCGCGGUCGCUUGCGCAACGCCUUAGUUUCGUAUGAUCAGAAACAACCGAUGAUUUUAGACAGUAAGCAUCCUUUAACACUUCUCAUUGCGAGACAUUAUCACAUCAAUUUGUUACAUGCUGGGCCGCAGCUCUUAAUGUCAGCACUGCGUCAAAGAUUUUGGCCAAUUCGACUUCGCAAUCUUGCUCGAAAUGUAGUGCAUCAAUGCAUCACUUGCUUUCGAUGCAAACCCACCGUAUCAGACCAACUUAUGGCAGAUCUUCCGCCAGCUCGUGUGUCUCCUACACUUCCAUUCCUGAAUGCAGGUGUGGAUUUCUGUGGCCCCUUCCAUUUGAAGCCACCUCAUCGAAAGGCUGCCCCACAAAAAUGCUAUGUAGCAGUAUUCGUCUGCAUGUCAACGAAGGCCGUACACUUAGAGCUCGUCAGCGAUCUUUCGACUGAUUCGUUUCUCGCAUCACUGAAACGAUUUACGGCAAGGCGUGGGAUUCCAAAAUCCAUUUUCAGCGACAACGCCACCAACUUUGUCGGUACUCAUCGCAUUUUGAACGAAUUUGCCCAACUGUUCCGUUCACAACAAAUUCGAGUGCAUGUAGCUAACCAGUGCUCGAAUCAGGGCAUUCAGUUCCAGUUCAUACCACCAAGAUCACCUCAUUUCGGAGGACUGUGGGAGGCUGCUGUAAAGUCUCUCAAAACCCAUCUCUACCGAACCCUCAAGACUGCACUCGUAACAACCGAGCAAAUGCUGACGCUUCUGAGUCAAGUGGAAGCUUGUUUAAACUCCAGACCGUUGACGCCUAUGAGUAAUCAUCCCGAUGAUAUGGACGUUUUGACACCUGGCCACUUAUUGGUACACCGCCCUCUAACAGCCAUCCCGGAACCAUCAUAUGAGGAAAUACCAGCUAAUCGAUUGUCACAGUGGCAAACCAUUCAAGAAUAUCUGCGUCGCCUGUGGAAACGUUGGUCCACCGAAUAUCUCUCUGGUCUUCAACAAAGAACGCGGUGGACCCAUGAACGAGAUAAUAUCCGAAUUGGAACGAUGGUGUUACUGCGAGAAGACAAUAUGCCACCCAUGAAGUGGAGAUUCGGUCGAGUGCUAGAAGUUUUUCCUGGAAGGGACGGCCACAUUAGAGUCAUCAAAGUUCAGACCAAGGACGGCAUCUAUCUACGAGCAAUCACUCGAGUAUGUGUUUUGCCUAUACAGGACAACCCCCCAGCGACGUUCCAGUAG